GUGACUUUGUACUUCUGCUGCAGCGGAUAAUGACCGAGGGUGAGAUCCAACGAUAGAGUCGGAUUGGGAGGUUUGUUUAUUAUAGGGACUGAAGUAGCUGUUCAAUAAGAGGCGAGGAAAGAAAGAAUGAGAAAGGAAAUGGAGCUGACAAAUAAUGUGUGAAUUCAACCAGAUGCAAGUUCAAAAGUGAACUGUUUUCAAAAUGGCUAAACUUCUCAUCAUAAGUCCUUCUAACAAGAAGAGGCGGGUCUAGGUGGAUGGACACUGGAAGUGACACCAGAGAGGGCACAGCUGUCAAUCCAUCCGAUAUGCAGAGGAAAUUAAGAGAAAAGGCAUUAGAGCACAGCACCAACCUGUGGAGUGGCAGAAAAUGCAUUGAAAUCUCUCAUCUGGAAAUGCACUUACUGAGGGAAACUGAGGCGGUUUUCAAGGAGACCAUGGAAAACCGACGACUAUGCAGAAGCUGCCUAAUGUCAGUCAAUGCAUAGUGAAAUUCUGAGGUCUGUUUAAUGUGGAGCCUUGAAAUUGUGGACCCCUGCACCUUCACCGCAGUUUCAGCCGAACGGCAUUGCAGACUUUUGAGAGUGACGGUUGGAUUCUUAGUCGCCUCUCUUACCAGUCAACAUCUUGCUCAGAUGGAUUCUAAAAGAAUCAGCUCCAUAAAGUGUGCCUCAUCACAAGUAAUUAUGGACUGAAAAGAAAUUAGAGCAUGGGACAGGAAGUGGACAAUGCAGACUGACUAUGAGAAGAUGAUUUUCUUGGUGAAUACACAGUGAAUAGGAAGAAAAGGCAAAUAAAAUGAGAGCCUGAAAGGCUGGCGACUUCCACGGGUUUUGCUAAGGGCUGGGCAGUGCCUCUACAUGAUCACAUGACUCUGGAUAUGGAUGCAGUCCUGUCAGACUUUGUUCGGUCCACAGGGGCAGAACCUGGUCUGGCAAGAGACCUGCUAGAAGGUAAAAACUGGGACCUGAGCGCUGCCCUCAGUGACUAUGAACAGCUCCGGCAAGUUCACACUGCUAACCUCCCACAUGUCUUCAAUGAAGGGAGGUGCUAUAAACAGCUGGAGCGAGACCCAAAGCUUCAGCCCAGCAAGAUUGAGCGUUCCUGUCUUCAGAAACAGGAUGACAUUGCACAAGAAAAGCGCCUUUCUCGAGGAAUUUCCCAUGCAAGUUCAGCCAUCGUCUCUUUGGCAAGAUCCCAUGUUGCCAAUGAGUGCAAUAAUGAGCAGUCGCCACUUGAGAUGCCAAUUUAUACAUUCCAGCUUCCUGACCUCAGUGUAUACAGUGAAGACUUUCGAAGUUUUAUCGAGAGGGACCUGAUUGAACAGUCGACUAUGGUUGCCUUAGAGCAAGCCGGUCGUCUGAACUGGUGGUCCACCAUGUGCACGAGUUGCAAGCGUCUUCUUCCACUGGCUACAACUGGGGAUGGAAACUGCCUUCUGCAUGCCGCCUCUUUAGGAAUGUGGGGAUUUCAUGACAGGGAUCUGAUGUUAAGAAAAUCUCUGUAUGCCAUGAUGAAGAGUGGUACUGAGCGGGAAGCCCUGAAGAGACGAUGGAGAUGGCAGCAAACACAGCAAAACAAAGAGUCUGGUUUAGUUUACACAGAAGAGGAGUGGGAGAGAGAGUGGAAUGAACUUCUCAAACUGGCAUCUAGUGAACCACGCACACACCUCAAUAAGAAUGGAGUUACAAGUGGAGGGGUUGACAAUUCAGAAGAUCCAGUGUAUGAAAGCCUGGAAGAAUUCCAUGUUUUUGUGUUGGCUCAUGUGCUUCGGCGGCCCAUAGUGGUUGUAGCAGAUACCAUGCUGAGAGAUUCAGGGGGAGAAGCUUUUGCACCCAUUCCUUUUGGAGGCAUCUACUUGCCAUUGGAAGUUCCACCUAACCGAUGUCACUGCUCACCCUUAGUCCUUGCCUAUGACCAGGCCCACUUCUCUGCACUGGUGUCCAUGGAACAGAAGGAUCAACAGCGAGAGCAAGCUGUAAUCCCACUAACAGAUUCUGAGCACAAGCUGUUGCCUCUUCACUUUGCCAUGGAUCCUGGAAAGGACUGGGAAUGGGGAAAAGAUGAUAAUGACAACAUAAAACUUGCCAAUCUCAUCCUGUCUUUGGAAGCAAAACUCAGCCUUCUGCACAACUACAUGAAUGUAACGUGGAUCCGCAUUCCGUCAGAAACAAGGAAUACUCAUGAUCAUGCAGACUGGCUGUCUGAAAUAGGGGAGGCUCCUCUGGCUCAGCCAGAGUCUCCUACAGCAUCAGCUGGUGAAGAUGUCCAGUCUCUGGCUGACUCAAUGGACUCUGACCGAGAAUCCGUCUGUAGCAAUUCAAACGUUAACAACGGCAAAUCUAACAAAGAAAAGGAUAAGGAGAAACAGAGGAAAGAAAAAGAAAGAAACCGCACAGACUCUGUUGCCAACAAACUUGGAAGCCUUAGCAAGACUUUGGGGAUCAAAUUAAAAAAGAACAUGGGAGGGUUAGGGGGACUGGUGCAUGGCAAAAUUAGUAAGUCCACCACAGGCAAUGGCCGAAAUGGAGAGCCCGGCGAGAAGGCAAAGAAAAAGGAAGCAAAAACCCGCAAAGGAAGUAAAGAGGAAUCGGGCCAAUCAGCUAGCACAUCACCGUCAGAGAAGACCACAAGUCCAUCGCCUACCGAGAGGGCGUCUGGAGCGUCUCCUGUGGAGAAGUACUGCUCCUCCAUGAAAUCAUCGAAUGACAAGCAAACGGACCACUGGAAAUACAGCACUGAUGUAAAAUUAAGCCUGAACAUCCUUCGAGCAGCCAUGCAAGGGGAGCGGAAGUUUAUUUUUGCUGGACUUCUUCUGACUAGCCAUCGGCACCAGUUCCAUGAAGAAAUGAUCAGCUUCUACCUGACCAGUGCCCAAGAACGAUUUAGCGCAGAGCAGGAGCAGAAAAGAAAGGAGGCUGAAAAGAAACCUGCAGCCAACGGGACGCAAGUUAAAAAAACAGAACAGGAGACUUUCCCAAAAGAUAAGCCCGACGCUUCUCCACCUGAGGAAUCAUCCCCAGUCUUACACCAAAGCCAUACCUCGCAGCUGGUUUUGAAACUGCAGGAAAGAAACAGUCCAACAUCCGGCCCUUUCACCUCACCCAGUAAUGGUGCUAAGAAAUCUGGGCCUAUCCCGGUGUCUGCCCACUACAGCCAUACGCCUCCUAUUCAGCGUCAAAGUGUCAUCCACUUGCAGGAUGUCAGCUCACAAUCGUCAAGCUUCCAAGAGGAUAUCUACAAACCUGUGGUAGGCACCCUAAAGACAUGCGCCACCUAUCCACAGCAGAAUCGGUCACUGUCAUCUCAGAGCUACAGUCCAGCGCGAAUGUCAGGGAUUCGUACAUUUAACACUGUGGAGUCUCUGAAUUGCUCCCGGUCAGGGGAACACAAGUCUCACACUUACACUAACGGGUUCAAUGCCAAUGAUGUCCGUGACUGUCUGGAAUAUGCAGAUGAAGAUUCUCCACAGGCCUGGUUAAAUCACGAAAAAAGCAAAGGCAGAAGUAUAGGUUGUUCACUUUAUCCGAUUCAGCAAAACCGCUGUAAGAAGGAGAACUGCUCCUUUUAUGGACGGCCAGAGACUGAAAAUUACUGCUCCUACUGUUACAAGGAAGAGAUGAGACGCAGAGAAAAGGAAGGCAAAAUGCAUAGGCUUGGAUGAACUACUGGGUAUCCGUGUUGGCCCAGCAUGUGCUGUUGGAGAGGACGCAGCAGCAGCACAUGCUGAACUCCAGCCUAUUGCAUUGUACCAAUAUUCUGUCUCUGUUAAAGAGAUAACGCUCCUCUUUUCUGUUUUUCUCUUUUUUUUUUUUUGCUUUAUUAAUUAAUACCAUUACAAGGUAUUGCAAUUCAGAAAGCUGAAUUCUUUUUACAGUUACGACCAGGGAUUUGUUGCCGAUUGCAUUUUGUUUUCAAUUUGGCUUUUUGCACUUUGCACUUUAGGAUCAAUAAACUAGAGAAAACAGCGUUUCCCCUUUAAGUCCUAAUAAAUUCACAGUUGGAGCCUUAAAUGCUGCUUUGCCUUGGCAAAGCCACUGCUUGAUUACAGAGGCGGCCCAGCCAGGAGGUUUAAGCAGAUUAAAGGAGCUUUUUGAAGUCUGAAGUUCUUGUAAUCUGCUAGGUCAUCACUCAUGUGCAUUUUCUAGCAUGUCAUUUGGUUACUUUUAGGGAAUCGGUGUUACGUUAUUUAAAGGGGAAGAGCACAGCUCCCUAGAUUCUGUUGCAAAAGUGAAAUGAGAAAGAAAAUCUUCAGAUGACAGCAUGAACUGCAGCUCAUUUUUUUCUAAUUAUUACACAUAUUAAAAAGCUGAUUUGUUAGGUUUAGAACCCUACUGAAAAGGUUGAGUGAAUAGUCCAUCGGUGAAUUUUACAAAUUUGUUUUGUCUGUUAGAGUGGCCAGGUGGGCACCAACUGGGGCUCAACGCAACACAUUUUCACGUACACACUCUCAUAGCAGGUUAACUUAGUCAUCUGGUAACCUAAGAAUCAUGCCCACCUUCAGAAAAUGUGAGGAAACUGGAGUGUCUAUAAAAACCCACCCAGAUCAGAAGGGAAUGCUCAGACUCUGCACAGCAUGUAACUGGAAAUUGAAUCUACAUCUCCAGCAUGGAAGAUUAUUUGUGCCAAAAUUAAAUGCAAUUCAAGUGUUAAUUGCACGUGGUACAUUUCAUUUUGGCACAGUUUUAUUUUUAUCAUAAUUAAAACUGUUUCAAGCAAAUGAUCUAUUGCUUUUCAAUAUGGCAUGCAAUUUUUGUCUCAGUUUAAAAUGCAGUACAAAAGCUUAUACACACACACACAUAUUUAGUCAGGCAUUCACAUCAGACAGUCACCAUCCGGGCUCAUCAGAAGUAAGCACUAGCACUCUGGGACACUACCUAGCAGGUGUGAUUGCCGACUCUUCCAUCUCAUUUCAUUUUCCAACCUGAGCUCUGAGAAGAUAUCAAUUGAGGACAACUGGCACCGCCCCAUCUGGCCCAUGAGCUAUAAAAGCAAGGUGCUCCUGGAAGGAGGAGUCUCACUCUGGAGAUAAGCCAACCAUGCUCUGGAAGUCUGACCCUGAAGCCUGACCACUCUCGAGAGCAAUCUCACAGCAGUCUAAGGCUACCCUGUGCUUUUCUAUUUGUGUUGUGCCAUCUUUCAACUGUUAAUUUGAUGGAACUAAUUUUGAGUAACCAGGUUGGCACUGCAACAUUUCAUCCUUUCUUAC